AAGCUAGUACUGAUGUCACCACUCACCAAUUAAAGGCAAGCAAAGCUCCGAAACUAAAAGGUUAAAACAAUACAGAAAUACAGAGAGGCAAAGCUUGUGACUUCUAAAUCCAGACUCGGUCUCCUUAAUAUUCGUUAAAUACUCCACUAUCUAACCUUCAUCUCUUACACUAAACCAAAGUUCAACUACUACCACACCAUGGAAGCCAAGUCCUCCACCCACCAGAAACUGAAACUACCACACGUCGUCAUUGUGCCAACUCCGGGACUAGGCCACCUGAUCCCCCUCGUCGAGCUGGCCCAACGACUCGUCAUCCACCACAACUUCACCGUCACCUUCUUCAUCCCCAACGACGGGUCGCAGCUGCUACCCCAAAAGAAAGUCCUGGAAACCUUGCCUCAAGCCAUAUCCUACGCCUUCCUCCCUCAAGUAAACUUGGACGACCUCCCUCAUGACGUCGCAUCCGAGACGAAGAUCGUACUCACCUUGACUCGUUCACUGUCUGCCCUGCGUGACUCGGUUAAGCUCCUCGUCGAGUCAACUCGGGUCGUAGCUCUAGUGGUGGAUAUUUUCGGCUGGGAAGCCUUUGAUGUGGCCAACGAGUUUAACGUACUCUUUUACUAUUUCUUCAGUACGAACGCUAUGGGGUUGUGGUUUUUGUUCGAGCUGCCAAAGCUCGAUGAAACCACUUCAUGCGAGUAUAGGGAUCUGCCUGAACCGGUCCACCUUCCGGGUUGUGUGCCACUCCACGGUUCAGAUUUUGUACAGCAGGUUCAAGAAAGGUCUAAUGAGGCCUAUAGAGCGACGGUGAAAAUGAGCAAGUGGUAUAGAUCGGCAGCUGGGAUCAUAGUGAAUAGCUUUGCGGAUUUGGAACCCGGUGCUUUGGAGGCUUACAAGGAGCAACGACAAGUUCUUGGUCUUCCACCGCUUUACCCGGUCGGACCGGUGGUAAAGACAGGAAUGGCAGAUGUGUUAGGUGAGAACGAGUGCUUGAGCUGGUUAAACAGUCAACCAGAAGGGUCAGUGCUGUUUGUUUCAUUUGGGAGCGGUGGGACCCUCUCAAGCGAGCAGAUGAAUGAGUUGGCAAUGGGGCUUGAAAUGAGUGGGGUGAGAUUUCUAUGGGUGGUUAGGAGUCCGAAUGAGACAUCUACAAGUGCCACUUACUUUGGUGAUCAAGGUUCCAACGACCCUUCGAGUUUUCUUCCUCGAGGAUUUUUGGAGAGGACCAAAGAGUUGGGGUUAGUAGUACCCUCUUGGGCUCCUCAGGUCCAAAUUUUGAGUCACCGGUCGACAGGUGGGUUUCUGACCCAUUGCGGGUGGAACUCGAUCCUCGAAAGCGUUGUGCAUGGCGUGUCUUUGAUUGCUUGGCCACUCUACGCAGAGCAGAAGAUGAAUGCAGUUUUGCUUUCUGAAGAUAUACAAGUGGCAUGGAGGGUCAAGAUGAAUGAUAGGGGCAUAGUGGAGAGUCGUGAUAUUGAGAAAUAUGCAAGGGAUCUGAUUGAAGGAGAUGAAGGGAAAUUGCUCAAGAAAAAGAUGAUGGAGCUAAAAGAGGCAGCCAAAGUUGCUCUGAGCCAAUAUGGGUCGUCUACAAAAUCACUUGCAGACGUAGCCGAGAUCUGGAACGGCCACAAGAAUUAGGACUAAUCCAAUUUAUCAAUAAUGUAUUCCUUGCAAAUUGAAUGAGAUCAUAUGGGUGUCUUUGGUUUCA